UUGAUAAAUUUGUUUUUCCCUUUUGAAUCUUCUUUCAUAAUCUUUCCUAUAAGAUUAGUUUUAUUAUUAUUUAGAUUUAUAUUUAUUAGAAGAAAUUUUUUAAGUAAAGGGAUAUUUUUUCUAAUUAUAAGGCAAUUUACUAGUAAAUUUUCUAGAAUAUUUUUUUUUUAUUUCUCAGUAUUUUUUGUUAUUUUAUUCAUAAAUUUACUGGGUAUAAUACCUUUUAGGUUUUCUGUAUCUUCACUUUUGGUUGUUACUUUUUCAUUUUCUGUGAUAUUAUGGAUUUCUACUAUUAUUCGGAGGUAUUCAAACAAUUUCAAAUAUAAUAUUGCCCAUUUAUUACCUUUAAGAACACCCUAUGCAUUGGUUUUGAUAUUAGUAUGAAUUGAGAUUAUGAGUCAAUUCGCUCGACCUCUAGCUUUGAGAAUCCGUUUAAUAGCUAAUAUUACAGCUGGUCAUUUAUUAUUACAUUUGAUCUCUCAAAGAUUUUUUUUCUUAGGUCCUAUGAGAAUUCUUAUAAUAUUCUUAUUUUCUACUUUAGUAAUUUUAGAAAUUGCCGUAUCUUUUAUUCAACCAUAUGUUUUUGGAUUACUCUUAUCUUUAUAUAUAAAUGAAGGAUUAAGAACUGAAUAA